AUGGCAUUGCAAGACCCUGGCAGGACAACAGGAUUUCCUUGCAAACAAUGUGGCCUGGUUUGUCCCAACAUGCCCAGUCUGCAGGAGCACAUGGAUGUUCACCUUCAGCAAGAAGAGGAGCGCAAAUUUAAAUGUGACGAAUGUGGACGUGGUUAUAGGCAUGCUGGUAGCCUGGCCAACCAUAAAAAGACUCAUGAAGUGGGCUGUUUUCAAUGUUUCAUUUGCGGAAAGGAAAACUCCAAUGCUUUAGCCCUGAAGAGUCAUAUCCGGAGCCACACAUCACAGAAAAAGUACUCCUGUGCAGAAUGUGGGAAAGCAUUUCGUCUGGCAACCCAGCUGGCUACACAUGAGAGGGUUCAUUUUACCAGGAGAGUGAAGGAGCAGUCGUAUAGAAAAGUAGAUAUGGAAUAUCCCUCACAUGAAGUCAAAAAUGAUCCCUCACAUCAAAUCACUGAGCAGUCAUCCAGAGUGGUAACCUCGACAGAAAACAGCUGUGCUGAAGACAAGAUGGAGAUUGUUUAUAAUUCACAAUCAGAGACCUCUGAUGAUGCAGCAAAUCGACCUUUCAAAUGUGAUUUAUGCGACAAAUCAUACAUACAUCACCGAAGUCUGACCAAUCAUAAAAAAACUCACCAAGUUGGAAUGUUUGAAUGCACCGUUUGUUUUAAACUGUUUAGUAACAUGGCUGCUCUCUACAGUCACCAGAGGACCCACAAGGCAAGAAGCGGGUCAGACUCGGGUUCAAUGGGUGGGUCGUACACAAGUACGCCUUUGAACCAGUUUUCACCUCAGAGCCAAGAUGCUCCUGUUAAUUUCUGCCAUUUGUGUCAGGUUCUAUUCCCAAGUGAUGAGGAGUUCCAGGAACAUAUACAAAUGCAUAACUCUUCAUCUGUGUCCUUCAGGCCUCAAGAUACCCUGUCAGAGAACCACAGUAUGUCCUAUGAAAACAGUAUUGCUUCACCGGAGUCAAAGUUUUAUGCAUCUCCUUCAAACAACGGUCCCUCACUGUCAUCUCUGAGUAAUCAAGGAGGUUUUGAUCAGCCAGAGGAGCAUAUUACAACUAAUGGUCAUUUGUACUCAGACUGCUCCAACAAUCAAAUCCCAUCUUCCAAUAGCACUCAGGGAGAGCCUUCAAUUUUAGACCCAAGUAUUUUCCACCAUGCCCUGACACACACACAAAACACAGACAAUGCAGCCGAAAUAGACGAGACUUUGACUAUAGAUGAUGAGCGUCCCUUUAAGUGUCAAGUUUGCGGUAAAAGCUACCGGCACUCUGGGAGCCUCAUCAACCAUAAAAGGUCACAUCAGGUCGGGAUUUACCAGUGUUCCAUUUGCAGGAAGAGUUAUCCUCACCUGGCCGCCCUCAAAAGUCACCUCCGCCUCCACAAAGCACAGUCACUGUCUUUUGGCCAACACACAGAGGGAGACUGGCUCUCCUUGGAGCCUCUGACUAUGGAUACUCAACAGAGCUGCUUCUCCUCUCAAGACGAGGCCAAGGAGGAGGCCAUUCACCCUGUGCUGGGUAUUGAUCAGGAGAAUGGAGCAGACCACAGUAACGGACCUUUGUACCAUGAGCAGUUUAAUCAGGACUUUUCCCAGGAUUUGACAGCACAUCUACCUCACAAUGAACACCUGAUGCAGCGGCACAUGUGCGCUGACUGCGGUGAGACUUUUGCAGAUAUUGCAGGAAUUAAGUCUCAUAGUUGCCCUUUGCUGCAGCAGCAGCAAGACACCACUGAUGGCAACUAUGACAGCACUAUAAACUUCCAGGACAGUAAUGGUCAUUGCGCUGUAGGGAAUCCAGCAGGUAAUGUAGAGUUUCACGGUCUGAAUGGUAGCCACGACCAAAGUUAUUUUGAACAGAGUUUCCAGGAAAAUAUGAGCAGUGAUCAGCUGAACAGUACUGUUGAAGGUGAAAACGCAGACGAGGGGGAGGAGGAGGAUGACGGAGAUCUGUAUCAGUGCUCUAUAUGUGGAAAUAGCUACACCAGCAUGAGGGCUCUCAGGAGUCAUCUGCGAGGUCACACACAGUCUCAUGGCACUCCUGCGAGCUCUGGGCCCUCAUCCAUGUCCUCUCAUGAAGAAGUGAAAGAUGAAGAGCCUGGAGAAAUGAUGAUCUGUAGCACAUGUGGAGAAAGUUUUGCCAAUAGACAGGACCUAAUAAGUCAUCAACUUAUACACAACAAGGACCAGGUGGCUAACGUUGACCACUUACAAAAUCAUUUACAGAUGAAUCACAAUGACGUGUCUGCAGGCAAAGAGGAAGCUCAAAGUAUCAUCUGUGGCAGCUGUGGCAUUUUCUGCGCCAGUUACCACCACCUUGAGAACCACGGCUGCACAACUGAGACAAAAGAUGAGUUGACACACAGUAAAGAGGAAACGAAAGUGAGCGAUAUUUCCCAGCACCAAGAGACCAGUCCUUUAAAAGAAACCGUUGUUGACAGCGAACAACGUCAGUACAAGUGUGAUCAGUGUGGUCGCUCAUACAGACAUGCGGGCUCCCUCCUUAACCACAAAAAAUCCCACAAAACAGGCGUUUUCAGAUGCCUUGUUUGUCAGAAGCGCUUCUACAACCUGUUGGCCCUUAAGAACCACCAGAGGUCUCACUUUGAUAUCAAGAGGUUAGUUUCAACAGUAAUGCACACCACUGACAUGUGUUUAAUUCUCAUUUUUGCAUUUUUACUCAAGAUGCAAAUGGUCCUUUGUAAACAGAAGAAGCUGGGAGUGUCCAUCAGUCUUUUUCAAUUAUUUUUUUACUGAUUUUUUUCCUUUUUUUUUUGUUGUUGUUAAAGUUCACUAUGUUUUUUUAUGUCACUAUGUUUGUAAUUGCAAUAGGCCAUACUCAGAGAUCCUUAAAAGACUCCUACAGUGUCAAACAGAUGUUCCUCCUUUUUAUAAGUUAUAGCUGCAUUAUUCCAGACAUAAUGACAAAGGCUUUUCAGUGCAGUGAUGUUAUGUCAUCAUAUUUCCAGCUUAGACUGUUCCCCAUUUUGCAAAUAAAGACUCAACUCAAAGACUCUCUCAUCUCUUCUCCACAGGCACACUUGCCAUGAGUGUGGGAAAGCCUUCAAAAUCCAAAAGCAGUUAUUGAAUCACCUGAGGAGGCACAAAGAGAACCAGGCCAAAAUCCAAGAACUCAAUGACCAGAUCCAGGCCCUGAUGCAGAUGAACGGAACCAAGUUACAAGGAGGAAUGCAGCCCUUGUCUUCAAAUGCGAGCCAGGGUUUUACCUCAUCUCAAUGCUCCAGGCAACCAUCAGAAGUAAAGACUGGACAAACAAGGUUAGAGACGUCAGUCAAAUCAGAGGACAUGGGUGAUGGACGGCCCUUUGCCUGUGACCAGUGUGGUCGUACGUAUCGCCAUGCAGGAAGUUUGGUCAACCACAAAAACUCGCAUAAAACAGGUGAAUAUUACUGCUCUGUUUGUAACAACACUUACUCCAAUCAACUGGCAAUGAAGAACCAUUUGCGCACCCACUUUGCAUUUAAAAAGCACUCGUGUCAAAACUGUGGGAAAGGUUUCAGGGGAAAGAAGCAGCUAUUAGCCCACGUUUGUGCUGAACUCACAAAGGAUGGGAGUGGAGGAAGAAGGGUCCUAAAAUCCAGAGCCUUUAGAUGUAAGGGAUGCAGGCAGGCCUUUCUUUCUGCAGACCAGCUGACAGCCCACACCUGUAAUGGACCCUCAGGCAGCAGUGAUGCACAAACAAAUCCAUCUUCCAAUAAAGAAGAGCGGCCUUUCACAUGCAACAUAUGUAACCGCAGCUACCGCCACGCAGGCUCACUCCUCAACCACAAAAACACCCACAAGACAGGACACUUUAGCUGCACCUUCUGCUCCAAGCCCUUCACUAACCCCAUGGCUCUACGCAAUCACACACGCAUACAUACACAGAAGAAAAAGUAUGUGUGUCUCACAUGUGGAAAAGCCUUCCGCCUCGCCAGUAUCCUGCACAACCACCAGAGGGUCCACAACAGGGCAAUGAGUCAUUUCAGCUGUCCUAUGUGCGGCAAGAGCUUCCAGGGCAGAUCUGGUCUGAAGAGGCAUCGCUGCCGCAGGGGUCAGGAGAACUCCGAGAGAAGUGGGGUUCAGCAGGCUGAGAGAGGAGACAAGUGCUUCACGUGAGUGUCCGUGUUACUGGGGAUUUAACUUGUGAGGGUGUGUGUUUAAACCGAAGACAAAGAAAAUUUUGCUUGUUUUUAUUUACAUUUUUGUUUAUCCAUAAAAAAGAACAAUGUUACAUCUUAUUGAUUGCUCUGGUGAAAAGUCAUUUAAAUGUCUUAACAGUUGUGGGCUUUCAUGAAACAGAUUCACACAAAUCUAUUGCAGUUUUCCCAUAUUGACACAAACUAGCCUGACAGGCAAAUUUGCAUCUUUUGUGUUAACAUUUUAAAGGUUAAAAAAAUAUAUAUCUAUAUUUUAAGUGAUUUAUGUCCUUCUCACUACAUAUUUUGGAUGUCUUAAUGUGAAAAAAAUUUUGUUUCAAGGUUUGUGUUUUAGAAAAUCAAAUAAUGCACUUCACUAAAUGCAACCUGUUGUCUUAUCUGGACCGUAUGAAGUCCUAUUUAAAGGUUAAGACUUUAAUUCUUAUCAAAUGCUGAAUUUACAUUAAACAUUCACUGUUGGUGAUGAAGGCCGCUGCUCUUAAAAAGCAUUGAUAGAUCCAACUGUAACUAACUAACUGUAUUUCUAUGGCAGGUGUGACCUCUGUGGGCGCUCCUACCGCCACGCUGGAUCCCUCCUCAACCAUAAAAAAACACACUCAGAAAACCUCCAUCACUGCACCCUGUGUCUCCAGACGUUUCCUGAUCCUCUCACUCUGCAGAUUCACUCCCAGAUGAGGCGCCACUGCUGUCCCGAAUGCGGCAAGACCUUCUGUCUAGUUACGCACCUGCAAAGCCACAUGGAGGUGCACUCAAAGGAGCGGUCCUUAGUCUGCAGCCUCUGCCAGCAGACAUUCCCUGACACAGCAAGCUACCAGCAGCACCAGGACCUGCACCACGGGGCUCAGGAUCCCUAUCAGCAAGGUGUGGGGGAACCUGAAGAAAACAACAUCUGGGACUCAGGAAUAACUCAGACCAUGGGGAUGCACGACGGGUUACACCGGCAGGUUCCACCACCUUUGUCCCAUAUUCCAGAAAGCAUCACCGACUCACAGACGAGUCAUGACCCCGCUGGAGCAGAAGAAAAAAGCCACGUCUGCGAGCACUGUGGCCGCACUUACCGCCACGCCGGCUCCCUACUCAACCACAAAAACAGCCACAAGACGGGCUCCUUUUCUUGCUCCGUCUGCCAGAAAGAGUUCACUAACCUGAUGGCUCUCAAGAACCACCGACGAAUUCACACCGAGCCAAAACGCUACCAGUGUCUGGAGUGCGGGAAGGCAUUCCGUGUGUCUACUCAACUCAUAUGUCAUCGACGGAUCCACACCAAAGAGAAGCCCUUCGCCUGUCCGCUGUGCGACAAGAGCUUCUCCAGCAAAUCCAACUUACGACACCAUCAGAAGAUGCAUCAGAACACCCAAACCUACGACUCCUCCUUUAGCGCGGAUGCUGACACUUUUAUGGACUUGGAUAUGGGGUCUUUCCUUUGA